AUGAACAGCUUGGUGGCUACACCACCUGUGCCUCCACACUUUUACGAAUAUUCCCGUCUCUCCUCCCCUCGUCCAAUGUCUACACCAACAUACACCCCUAAUAGCCGCAAGCGGAAAGCCGACGACGAUGGUAACGAUCAUGACGGACGAAUGUCUGCCUCCCCGACGAGCUCGCCAGCCUUCACACCGAGGUCUCUUCCAAGUCGAAAUCUGAAACGGGCCCGCCCGAAUGUCAGCGGUCGACCCCUGUCGCUUCCUCGUUUGCUCGAAACCUUAGAUACAGAUGCUCUCCGAGGGGUCCUUCGAUCGAUGUGUGAACGCCAUCCGGGACUAGUUGAUGAAGUUGUCCAUACUGCCCCUCGCCCGAGUGUGUCUUCCGCUCUUCAGGUGCUUCGAAAUUACCAAUCUACUCUCCAAUCCUCCUUCCCCUUGGGUGGCAACCCGGCAUCCGACUACGCUUAUAACCGGGUUCGACAACCUCUAUCCAAUCUUCUAGAUGCCUUGAGCGACUUCACACCACACUUCUUACCACCGAACGAAACCCAACCUUCUUUAUCUCUAAAUUACCUAGAUGGCGCCACCGAAAUCAUUCACGUAUUACCACGAUGGCACACCCCCCAAAACAACAUAGAGCGGGACUCUGCAUACGAUGAAAUCUGCAAGGCCUGGAUCCUUGUGAUCCGGGAGGCUGCCAAACGUGGCGGAGGCAUUCAGUUACAGUAUGGUGGCUGGGAUCAGAAGUUGACGAAGCACAACCAAAACUCCGGUGGUAAGCUGCAGGCGGCCGUCAACGAGCUUGGAGCCAGUUUAGGAUGGAUGCACGGACCUGAAACCCAAAGCCAUGCAAGCCCAGGUGGUAAUGACUUUGGGUCCAUCCGGGAGCAGCUGCUGUCCGGCACAUACGGACUAGGAACUCCAGUUAAAGUUGGGCCAUGGUAA